AUGGCCGAACUGCGGGCAAUGGCUGCUGCAAUAAUGGGGAAUAGCCUGGUCGAAAAUGUGGCAGACAAAAACUUGUUGGCAGAACUUAAAUCAUUAUGUUCUACUCUGAUCUUCGAGAACAUUGUUGAUGUUCUUGUAGUGACUUUAGGAGAUAAAGGUGUUGCAAUCGCCAGAUUGUGUGACAACUCUGAAAGGCUAUUUGACGACAGCGGUGUCUAUAUAAAACCAGGACACAAAACUGAUAAAAAAAUAUCUGUUCGAUUAUAUCCACCUGCGCAAUUACCUGCCAACUCGCUCUUGGCCAACACUUCUGGAGCAGGUGAUUGUUUCGCAGCAGGAUUUGCGGUGGCUGCUAUGCUUGGUGUUACUUUAAAUGGAGCAGUUGCAGCAGGAAACACUACAGCAAUACGUGCUCUUCUUUCUAAUAUUCCCGUUCCUGAUAAACUAUUUUUGUUGACUAAACAGAAUUGGACAAGUGAAGCAACAUAUAAAGAAUUGUGA